AUCAGCCUUUAAUUUGGGGGUUUAUUUGUGAGCUGCCAUAGUAACUCUCGUGGUGGUGGUGAAAUCAUAAAGUUGGCAGUGCAGUAAAGCAAGCCCUGAAGGUUGUUUGAUCUCCGAGAACUGAAAGUGCUGAAUAAAAUUUUCAUACAACUUAAACUACGUUUUUGGAUCAGUUACGUUAAGAUCAGUGUUCUUCAAACUGAGACCAUUUUUCUAUUUUAAUAUUUAAAUAGAGACUUAUUUGAAAAGACAGUAUAUUUUUUAAGGAAAAAAAUGAUCAAGGGUGGACAGUCUUGCAUCAACUCACCAAUUUUUACUAAAUCACUGUAUAAGACUAUUGUGUAAAAUAGCGUGUAGGGUGUGAAGAAAAGCCUUUUGUAUACCAACUGCAGCGGGUUUUUUAUACAAGAAAAUCGAACAAAUAACUAUAAAAGAAAAAAUUGUGUAACCUUGCCAUUAUUAAUUUUAUGGUAUUACAUGCAAAAUGGGUUACAUUUUUACUGUUAGAGGCUGAAGAAGUAACAUUUUACUGAAAGGAGUGCAAAACUCGGUUUGCCUGAGGUAAUCAAGAUCGCUUGAAAUUGUUUUUUUGUAUGAAGAAGCAGGAAAAUGCACAUUCAACACUGACUUAAUUAAAGUUCUGGUGUUCAGCAAUGGAAAGCCCGCAAAUAAACUUCCCCCUAGGUCUAGUUUCGGACCAAAAAAGGAGUGGGAUCCGAGAGGAUGGGAGUCCUCCGUUAAAAAAAGCAAUGACAGAAAUGCAUGUAAAUAACAAAGUACGAGUUGUAAUAAAUAAAUUGCCAACAAUAAAGAAGGAAAACUUGGAUGAAUAUGACGAAACUCCUGUGGAGGCUGAUGGGGAAACCGCCAAGCCAAACAACGCUUCGCUAUCUGAGCCUUUGAAUUUAAAUCCAGGUUUGAAACAUACGUUGGCACAGUUCCACUUGAGCAGCCAGAGUUCACUGGGUGGACCGGCAGCUUUUUCGGCUCGUUAUUCCCAGGACAGUAUGUCACCCACUGUCUUCUUGCCUCUUCCAUCACCGCAGAUACUUUCUGGUCCGCUGCUUAUUCCUCCAGACAGCUCCACAGAACUCACCCAGACCAUACUGGAGGGGGAAUCUAUCUCUUGUUUUAAAGUCGGAGGAGAAAAAAGACUUUGCCUGCCUCAAGUGUUGAAUUCGGUUCUCCGAGACUUUUCGCUGCAACAGAUCAACACGGUGUGUGACGAACUGUAUAUAUACUGCUCAAGGUGCACUUCCGACCAGCUUCAUAUUCUGAAGGUUUUGGGAAUUCUUCCAUUCAAUGCUCCGUCCUGUGGGCUGAUUACACUGACUGAUGCUCAGAGACUAUGCAAUGCUUUACUACGUCCUCGCACUUUUCCGCAAAAUGGCAGUUUUCUCCCUGGUAAGAACACGUUGGCCCAGUUGAAAGAGACUGGCAGUGCCUUUGAAGUAGAGCACGAAUGCCUGGGCAAGUGCCAGGGGUUGUUUGCACCUCAGUUCUACCUUGCGCCGGAUGACCCAUGUAUCCAGUGUUUGGAGUGCUACGGGAUGUUCUCGCCCCAGACGUUUGUGAUGCAUUCGCACAGAUCCCCCGACAAGAGGACCUGCCACUGGGGGUUUGAAUCGGCCAAGUGGCACUGCUACCUGCAUAUUAACCAAAAAUACUUAGGAACGUCGGAGGAGCGGGAACUGAAGCAUCUCUUGGAGGAAAUGAAGGAGAAAUUUAGCGAGAAAAACCAGAAAAGAACGCGGUCCAAAGCAGAUUCACAGCAGAGCCUGGAAUUGUCGCAGUGGUAUCCAGUUAUAAAGCAAGAAGCAGAAACCGAUCCUCAACCACCCUCCUUUUUCCAUCCCAGUUACUACCUUUAUAUGUGUGAUAAAGUGGUUGCCCCAAAUGUAUCUCUUGCAUCACAAUAUAAGGAUGUUGCAAAAACAACAGCGAAAGCUUCAGAAGUAAUUAAAUCCUCACCUGGACAGUCAGAGAAGAAGCUCAGUAGUGGAAAGCACAAAAAAGCUGCCUCCUAUCCAGAGCUUUCUCUUGAAGAACAGGAAAAAAUUGACUUGAAAACUGGUGUGGAGCAGCAUAAACAUUUGGAUCCGCCUGCGUCAACUCGUUCUGCAAGAGGUGCAAAACCUGAACAUGUUUCUUCCAAAAUCACUAGAGACUUUGGCCGUGUUGAAGUAGGUAACGAUGUGCGAACCUUGUCCCCCACUCUCAUGAAAGACAUCAGUUGUGAAGAUGACAAGGGAAGGAUCAUGGAAGAAGUAAUGAAAACCUAUAUCAAACAGCAAGAAAAACUAAAUACUAUUUUGCGGAGGAAACAGCAGCUUCAAAUGGAAGUGGAAAUGUUAAGCAAUUCUAAAGCAAUGAAAGAACUAACAGAAGAGCAGCAGAAUUUACAAAAAGAACUUGAAUGUUUGCAAACGGAGCAUGCUCAAAGAAUGGAAGAGUUUUAUUUUGAGCAGAGAGACUUGGAGAAGAAACUGGACCAAGUGAUGAAGCAAAAGUGUAGCUGUGACUCCAAUUUGGAAAAAGACAAAGAAGCUGAAUAUGCAGCACAGCUAGCAGAAUUGAGACAGCGAUUGGAUCAUGCGGAGGCAGAUAGACAAGAGCUUCAAGAUGAACUGAGACAAGAACGGGAGGCAAGGGAAAAGUUAGAGAUGAUGAUAAAGGAAUUGAAGCUACAGAUCUUGAAGUCUUCAAAAAAUGGGAAAGGAAAAUAGAACUUGGAAGAGGAAGUGUGACUACGUCCUUCAAACAGGGUGUUUUGGUUUUUAAUGAAUGGUGAGCAGUUUCUGUGUGAUGAGAAAAAAUAUUCUCUACAGAUUUCUAUUUGCCAGACAAGUCCAGAUGAAGAUAUACAUAUAUAUAAAUAAAUAGAGAUAGAUAGGUAUCCAUUUUUAGAUUUUCCUAACCAGUGAAAAUCUGCCUUUGUUUGUACUGGUGUUUUUCUCAAACAAUGAAAAAUAUGAAACUCUUGGUUGAGAGUGACCAGUUUCCGUCUAUUUCUAAUGGAGUCUUGAGGACUCUAUACCUUUAAACUUUGUCUGUUAAAAUAUAUGUGGUGAUCUUUAUUUUGCUAUCAAUUGCACAUCCAGUUAUAAAAGUACAUUAAAAUCAUUCUGAGUUCUUCAAGGUCAAAAAUAGUUUGGGUUUCAGUGAGAAUUAUGUGUUCUCAAACUGGGGGAAGUAAGGGCAACGUUUCAUCUGUAAGGUAAUACUCAAAAUCGCCACAAUGAUAGAUAAUUGAUCAUCAAAAGUGAUUUACCAGCAUUUUUCCCAUAAUUUCAUUGUGUGAAGUCAAGCUGAUCUUUUCAGUAUUUUCUAUUUAACAACUCAUUAUCAGUCUAAAGAUUUUUAGAGCCAGCAUUUGCUUGCCGUGCUGGCAGAAGAAAACGUUAGGGUUGUUUUGUAAAUUAAAAAAAUUACAAUUGCAAUGGAAUGUUUGGAAAUCAAAAAUUCACAUAUUUUCUUUUGUUUUUUUCUAUAUAGUAAGUAUGAAAGAAACGUUAAUAAAAGGCUUAAAGGUGGGGCUUUUCCGUCUAGAAAGAGAGAAAGCUUGACUUAACUGGUUUUUCAGAUACUCAUGCUUUCAAGAAAAAUAAUAUUAAAAAAUACGUUAGUUUCUUUAGUACCCUAAGCCUCCACACUUUGAGCUUAUUGCCAGCUUGUGGAUUUUUCUUUCAUUACAUAGAACAAGCCUUAACUGACAUUGCGAUAAUAGCUUAAAAAAUAAAAUUCUGAGAUACGGCACUUUGAAAAUCAUUUUGAUAGUCUCUGUAUUUGAAUGACAUGGUAAUGUUACCAUGAAUUAAGAAAUACAGCAUGUUUGUUAAGCUAUAACGUUUUAAAAUGUGUAAUUGUACAGAAUUACUGUUUUAUGUAUAUAUAAUGUUUGAGUACUUCAGAAGUCUGGUUCCUAGUGGAUUAAAAGCAUGACUACAAAGUUGGAUGAAGAAAUACUUUUUUGCACUUCUCUCCAAAAAGUUUGAUACAGCUGACCGAUGUUAGUUGUGAGUGAAUAGGAAUAUUUUAAUAGUUCUAGUAUUUCACUACAUAAUUUUAACCUUUCCUUCAGCUUCUGGUUUUGAGGUACUUAGGUUUUUUCUUCUUUUAAUAAUUCAGUUAAUUUUAGGUUAAACCACUAGUAAAAGCCUACAUUGAUUUAUUUUUUUUCCUGAACUAGUAAAGCUGAAAACUUUUUAUUUCUUUUUUUGUUUCUCUUUUAAUGGUAUAACAUGACUGAAUAUCACAGAGAAAGAUAAACUUGCACGUAUCCUUAAGUUGAAUGAGAAAUGAGGUGGUAAAUUAAAUGUCAUGGAGUCACAGGAUGAUUCUUUUAUAGCCGUGUACAAUUUUGUUUAAGAACUGUGUCAUAUUUACACUGACGAUUAAAGCAGGUUAGAUGAAAAAUAUCAAAAAAUUUUCUUUGUCAGUGUUGAUCAGAAGACCCAGAUGACAUUUUUCCCUUCUUCAACUCUGUCUCCAAAUUUUUGCUUUAAAAAAAAAAAAAAAACAACAAAAAACCAAAAGGAAAAAGCCUGUCGUUGCAGCGUGGUUUGGAAGGAAAGGUGCUGACUAUAAAUGAUUCUGGUUGUGUGUGCACCACUUGCUUCUAAAAACACAAGGAAUGUUUUAUUGUAACAACCACCGAAAACAUGGUUAUAGGGAGAGUGGGGAAAAAUGUUGAUGAAAGUGUGAUUAUUAGGGAAUGGAGCUUGAAGUAGUCCAACUUGAUGGACAGAACCUACGUUGGAUCAGCUAGAUGGGCAAGUAAGAAAACACCGUCCUGGGAAACUGAAACGUUUCAUCCAGGUAUUAUUAAAGAAUCAAAAGAUACCAUUUCUAGUUGCUUUUCAGUGUCAAUGUUUUGAACCAGACUUGUUCGAUUGUCAGUGUAGAUAAGGCCGUACGGACUCAUAUAAUACAGCCGCAGUAACUAAUUUAC